AUAAGAAUUUCUCCUGCUCAAAGAUUUCCCUCAUUAAGGUGAAUAUCGAAUAAUGAUCCUCAAAUAUAUCUUUCCUAUUUUUAGAUCGAAAUCUGAUUAACGACUUCAGCCAGUCACAACAUAAACAACAGCUGUGAAAGCAAAGAUGUAGGAAAUUUUCCAAAUUGACACCAAGAGCACUUUGGCCUGAACCAAUUGAAUCCAUAAUAUUUCUGGUGCAAAUGUUGAUUAUGAUUAUGAUAUUAUUACUGUGGUUGAAUAACUGGAGAAACUUCCUUGUCCACAUAGAUCGAAUGAAUACAUUCGCUUUUGGCAUACCAUCUCAAUGUAUCGUUUUAUCCAAAAAACUGGAUUAUACUAUACCAAGAUUAUUCAACGGAGUUAGAGUUCUAUGCUUAUUUUAUGGAUUUUUGAGGGUAUUCGACAACUCUUUUUGUACCAAUACAGGACUUACUGAUGAUGACGGAUAUGUCUGCAACUUACCUUUUCCACUGUGGUACCCGAUAAGGAUGAAUACCUUUGGAAGAGUAAUAUUUUUGUGGAUAUGCUUUAUUGCUGUGGCAUUGUUCUAUUUUCCUCUUUUAUUCGUCUUAACAGCGAUACCUGUUACCUCAACCCAUCUUUCGAUAUACAGGAUUAGGGAACUUAAGCGAUUGCUGCAUCGAAACACUAAGGAAGGUGGAUGUAAUGAAACGAUAAAGCGUGAGGAACUUAUAUUUUUCAUCAAGUACCACGCAGAGAUUUCUUACUGCGUAGAGGCAAUGAACAAUGAUUUGGGAUACAUUCACCUACCAUAUCGCAUGCUUUUGCCUGUAUUAACUGCUCUUCACUUGUUCAAAUUGAUCAACCAGAAAGAUCCAGCAGCGUUGUUCGCUCUUUUACCCUGGUUUAUGUCUAUAAUAUUCCUCUGUUCACUAGGUGAACAUCUGGAAUUUGAGAGAAGCUCCCUCUACACAGAAUUCAAUGAUAUACCUUGGUAUUACAUGGAUGUAAAACUGAGGAAAACAUACCAUUUAUUUAUGGGAAAGUUGGCACUUCCGAUGAGAAUCAAGGUGAAACCAAGCUCAGAAAUGAGUAAUAUUCUCCUUAGCGAGAUACUCAAAGGAACAUAUACUUUCUUGGUAUACUUGAGCAGUAGAUAAUAGGAAAUAGAUAUUACUUUGUCGCUUUGUCCGUAUUUCUGAUUGCUGAAUUUGUUUCUUUCUCUUGUCGUUAUAGGAUCAACCUCUACUUAAUAACAGAUUUUUCAUUUGAUAGUUAGCAUUUUAAAACUGAUAUAUUCAUCCACAUUUUUGGUAGGAAUGUAAGCAGUUUCGUAUUCUUCUUUAAUACACCUUAUUAUAGGGAAAAUAACUCAUUUCCACCAAUUUUAUAUACUUUUUUGCAGCAUACCUCCACUUUGAAACAGUCACCUCCAUCCAAUUGUUUUUAUUUGUUCAAGAUGGUGUUUUACCUGAAAUUCUAGUAGAUUUCUCGCUAUAAUCAGGUCGCCAAAUUCUUCACGAAUUAUUUCAUCCUUUUCCUCUAUUUUUAGCCGAUACUCAUUUCGACUAGAACUUUGUAUAACUUGGGAUAUAUUCAAAUGUAACCUGAGUAUUCAAUAAGGUUACUAAUUGAGUUGGAAACAAACGAAAUGAAGAUAUUAUUCGAUUAAUUAAUCGAUGUUUACAACGAAUACAUCAGAUAAUAGUUUUCAAUUAGUGAGCCUUCAUCAAUUCCCAAUUAAAAACGCUCAAUUUCUCUUAUGAUAUAAUCAAUGAAUUAUCAAUCCAUCAUCUUGCUUUUCAAUGCAUGUUACAAAUAAAAUUUGUGGAUAGCAAACAAUUUGUACUCAUUCACGUCUUUAGUCAGUCAUCGGAAUGGUUACUGAAGAAGGCAAAUGUGAAAUUUUGCCAUUACUGGCAACAUUGAGACAAAUUUUGCAGGACAAUUAUGUUUUGCCAGUAGGAGAUGUUUUCUCUUUAAGUUUCAGUAGAAUUUUGAAAUUUUCUUUGCCUCUUAUACUGGGAGGAAUACCUUAUUUAGUUGGUUCAGUGGGAUAUCUGUAUGUUGCAUUCACACGCAACCUGUGGCCACAGCCUCUUUUUCCGCUCAUUUACCUGAUGCAAAUGUUAACCGCAGUUCUGGUGUUUAUAAUAUUUAUCAGCAAUGCAAAGAACUACAUGAUCAGUAUUGAUCGUAUGAGAAAAUAUGUACACGGAGCUCCGAUGGGAAGCAGAGGAUUUAUGCGAAGAAUGGAUAUUUUAUGCUUCUGUGCAUUUUAUUCCGCAAAAAUUGGAACAACGAUUCAUUCUAUUACCCUUUAUUUAAAAGAGGAUUUCUGCUACGAUCCGGAAUUCGAGGGAGACUAUGGUUACAUUUGCGGAACAUACGUUCCAUUAUUGUACUUUUUCAAGAUGGAUUAUCCGCUGAUACAUCUCAUCAUACGGAUAUGCAUGCUUUAUCUUUCAGCAUCACGUUUGCCAGUUUUUAUGAUUCUGAUCUUUAGCCCAUUGACUACAAGCUAUCUGACAUUGAUGCGUAUACGCGAGCUCGAAAAAUUGAUUCUUCGUUUUAAUGAUACUUCAGGGGAAAAACCACUUGAAGGAGAACAAUUGAUCUUUUUCAUCAAAUAUCAUGCCGAAAUUGUGGAGUGAGUAUAAUUCAAAUAUUCUCCCUCAUCUCUUAUUUCUUGAUUGGACAAGAGGUCCAGUUUUCCACCUACAAUUAUUUUAGAUGCAUCCGUGUUAUGAACAACAGCCUUGGCUAUGACCAUCUUCCAUUGCAACUUUUCUUGCCAGUUAUAAUUGCGCUAUAUACAUAUCAAAUUGUUUUGACCCAUGAUAUUUUUUCAUUGAUAUGUCUUGCUGCUUGGAUUUUUCCUUAUUUUGCCUUGUGCUUGUUGGGAGAACGUCUACAACAUGAGAGCUCCAAGCUUUCAGAGAAAGUUUAUAGCAGUAAAUGGUACAAUAUUAAAGAAAGAAGAGAGAGGAUUAACUUCAAAAUGUUUCUCGAAGCAUUGGGUCAACCAGUGAAGUUGAAACUGAGGCCAAUAGCUGCCUUGAAUCAUCUUUUUCUUAUAAAGAUAUUGAAAACGGCUUAUUCAUUUCUGAUUUUCUUCGUGGAUACUACUAUGCAUUGAGUGAUUCACUGGAAAUAUAACAUUUUCACAGUAAAUUUGUGCACAAGAAAUUGACGUGAGAAUUUUAAGAGUUUAGUGAUAAAUAUAGAUAAAAUAAAGACU